GCCGACCUCACUGCGCGACUCCCUCUGGCGACCCGCGGGCUCGAGCUGUCUUCUGCUGGCAAGAACGCGCUGGAUGAUCUUGGGAAUAUCGCUAGUGGUGCUAGAGUGUCUGGGUCUGUGUCUGGGUCCGAGUCUGUCGCUCUUGUCAACGCUGGCGACGACGUCACGGUCUGCCAAGUUCCAUCUGGGCGCUCUAGUACCCUCGGAGAACACGACGGGACUCCUUCAGCGAGCGCAUCCGCGUUUCAAGUUGCCGCGGCGGACAUCAAGAAAGUGUGCGGCAAGAUCGCGCAACGGGAGGCUGCGGCGGAGGCGACUGGGGGAGAGCAGGAUCGCGCGGACCUCGUUGCGUUUGAGCGGACGAUUGACGAUAUUCUCGUACAAGGCAGAGAUUGAGUCGAGAUUGGCGCGGCACAGGUUGACUCGGUCAUGGCUGGACAUAGAUGCCCAGCGUUUGCUGAGCACCUGGGUAGGUGGACAUUCACGGCUCGCGUCAUUCUAGCACAAACUAUUACUGUUCCUCGACAAUAUAUGCAGCCUAAUCACAACAACCUACGCGCGUGGAUGUUUGGGCGACCAGAGA